CAUUUCAAUAUAGUAUCGCACAAGUGUUUAAAAACGGAGACUGCAGAAUCCGUUGAAGAACAAUUGGCAAGCAUUCUGUGCUCUAAUGAUUCUUGCGAGGAUACAUCAUUGCUCAAGUGUAUCAAGUGUAAGCGGUAUUUUUGUGUGGCGCACAGGCAUCACGAAUGCUCGGAGCGCUCGGAGCUGAGUAAAGCAGAGAAGACAAAGAAACUGAAGAAAUGGCAGAUAUCAAAGAACCAGUUUGCAGAAGCAAAAGCUAUAGUGGAUCAACAAAUCGCGGAGAGUUUGAAGAAAUCCAAGAAUACAACACUGGCAAAUAAAGUACAACUCAUGCGUGUGAAAUGUUCCGCAAUUGGUCCCAGAAAUGUACCAACGAGCGAGAGAAGUUACUUCCUUGUGCAUUUGCCACUCACAGUUAAAAAUAAACACAUAGGCACGUCGAAAGGCACCUACGUCAACAUGCACUGGACGAUUGGUAAAUGUAUAGAUUCAAUAGCGGACACACUCAAAGUUCGGAACUAUAUUCCGAGUAACAAUAAUACAGCCACCACGAAUAAAUUGAAACUCUUCCGUCAUUCUACCGGAGAUCUGAUAUGCAACGAGAUGGACACACCUUUGGCAAAAUUAUUUGAAGAAUCUGCUGUUUUCGACGGCGAGCGAGUUAUCUUGGAAUAUUCUGAUAAUGUACCUAAUAAUGUAAUAGAUCCAUCUUUGUAUAAAUAAGUAUUGUAUGUAUGGUAUUUUGUUGUAAUGAAAUUUCUGCAAAAGAGAGUAAUAGGCAACAAUCCACUAAUUGGGCAACUAUUAAAACAGUAUGAUUUUUUUCGUGCCACUUGUGAUAUAUGGAAUUUUAUGAUUCUCUGUCGACAUAAUUUGACUUAUCGGUAAUGGCGAAAAAACACAGCUUUGUUAGAAUAUUCUGAUAAUGUACCUAAUAAUGAUUAAUAGAUCCAUUUUUGUAUAAAUAA